AUGAUUAAGAGAAGUAUAUUCUUCAUCACGCUAUGGACACUCUCACACGCGGCGUACAUCAGUCGCAUGGCGAUGAUGAACAGAAUGAGAGCUCCAGUUGCGUUCCGGCCGGGUAUAAUCUUCCAAAGACCUGGAUAUCCACAGCGAAUCGUUCCAGCUGCUUCGAGACGAGCACCGUACAUAAUAUACAGAAAUACACCUCCUAGAUAUACAAUAAAGCAUAAUAUAAACCCAGCAAUGACUCGCAACGUUUAUAACCACUGGAAAACAACGCGUCUACCGUUACCUAGUCCAACAGCUGAGUAUGAAUUCGUGAGACCGACUUCUCCACCAGCGAUUGUGCAUCCUGACGUUGUGGACAAAGACAAUUCGGUUCAGAGUUGUUUGAAUGUAGGUGCGAUCCACACCAUACCAGCGCCCAACCUCAGCCUCUCCGAGAAGCCUAUAGUAGUCGCAGAGUCUGACAUUACUGGUGCUAAUGACGCUUCAAAACCUAAACCAACAUAUGAGGUGACAGAAAAGUAUUCAGAUCAGCCGGUUUAUCAAGUUAAUCCAAAAAUUGAAGCGCCUGUUGGAUUUUCGAAAGCAUCUUCCAUGUCAGCAGCUGAUCUACAAAACAUUGUCAAACAAAACACAGCUUUGCAGCUCGCUUCAGAAUACGGUUUUCAACUACCGCACCCUACCACUAUUCCUCAGCAAUUUGCAAUACAGGGCUUCCACGGGUUCACGAAUCAUCACGACUUCUUCCACAGUGGAGCUGAAAAUAUUAUAGUACCACAAAGCGCAUAUUACCAACAGGAUCCAAUAUUUUUACAUAAUCUUCAAAGUCAAAUAAUAGAACAGUAUCCCUCAGUUGAGUUCCGACCCUACACACCAGAGGUACAGCCUCAAGUACAAACACAAAUACCAGAAACCCACACACCGCUAUUCCUGUUACAAAACGAACAAAUAAUAAAGCAAGCUCCUUCGUCGUUCGUCACAAGUAAUAACAAUGAAAGAAACAUCGUUCAAAGAGAAACCCAAGAAAGUUCUAUUGCUUCUAUAGUCCCGCAAGGUUUUUCUGUUAAAAACGUUUCAGAAAACUUAAUUGAAAUCGAUGUAACAACAGAAUUUUUACCACAGAAUGUACAGAACGUAACAACGGAAACCACUGAAAUUCAAGCACCGACAACAACAGUUAAAAAUGUUGUUGAAAUAAAUAAAGAUGAUAAAAGAACAACUCCCAUAUAUUACGCUCAAAUUGGUCAAAGUGUGGGUAACGUUAUAGCCAACGGUUUCUAUUCAGCGAUAAAUGAUGUCAGAGCGGCCUCUAUGGAAGCUCAAAAUAAUCAAAGUGAAAAUAUCACAACAACUACUACAUCCACAACGACAGAACGGGAAACACAACCGUUAUUUGUAGAUGAAAAAACAGAUAGCAAUAUUGAUGAUUUGACAAAUUUGUUAGCUUCUCCAUUCGAAAAACCGGCUGAAUCAGUAAAUGUUGCAUACACUUUACUAAGAGCUAGUGACAAACAACCGAAAGUAAAUCAAGAUGGCGAAGUUUUUGCUGGACAACUUGUAGAAGCUAAAAUUAGUGAAGAUCAAGAAUUUAAUAAAGAAAAAGCUACUUUAGCCAGCCGCCCACCGUUGAGACUAUUUGCAGUUACAGAAAAGAGGGUAUCAGAAACUACUCCUCAGCAAACCGUGGUCAAGGCAAAAAUCCCACCAAAAAGUAAACUUAUCUUUGACGAAAAAACUGGUGAACCCGUAUUAAGAAUAUAUGCUAGCUAUGUGGACAAUCCUGCUCAGAAAGAAAUAUUAACAGCAAAACUGACAAAUAUGAGACAUACAAAAGAAGUCACAAGAAAGCAAGACAGUUUUGACUGGAAAACAGACGCUGUAAAGAAUAUAGAACAAUUAAUGACAGGUGACAACAGUCAAUUUGGACUCAAAAUGAGGUCUAGAAGUGAUGAUUACAUUCCAAUUUUUGAGGAUUAUGAAGAGUGAACCAAAUAUCAUGAAACAAUUUUUACAAUUCUAAUAUUAAUGUUGACUAAUAAGAAAAAUGACAUUUAAGGUAAAUAGACCAAGCUACUUCUUACAAAAAGUAGUGCUGUAUAAUAAGCUGUCGUCUAUUUUUAAUGAGUAUGAUUUUUUACUAACAACUUCAAUGUUAAAUGUAAAUAAUUUUAAUAUUAGUUUAAGAUAUUAACUUAUUUAUUUUUGCAUUUAGAGAAUUAAUUUUUAA